AUGACGAAUAAUAAUAAUAAUUUCGACGUGACGUCAAAUUCAUCGGAAAUAACAACAACAAGAGAUGAUGAGGAUUCCGUUAAUUUCAACAUUAGUUUGGAACAAUAUUUAUUACGAACGUUGGGCCCCAAACAUUUGGCCCUAACAACUGUGAUACCAUUAACUGUGAUAUACAUAUUUAUUUUCGUUACGGGGAUUUUCGGUAACAUAUCCGUUUGUGUCGUCAUAAUAAAAAAUCCAUCAUUACACACGGCAACUAAUUAUUAUUUAUUUAGUUUGGCCGUAUCGGAUUUAACAUUAUUAACAUUGGGUUUGCCAAAUGAUUUGAGCGUUUAUUGGCAACAGUAUCCAUGGUUGUUUGGCAAGGGAUUGUGCAAAGUUCGUGCAUUAGUUUCCGAAAUGGUUUCGUACACUUCCGUUUUAACAAUCGUGGCAUUUUCAAUGGAACGCUACCUGGCUAUAUGUCAUCCCCUGCAUCAUUAUGCCAUGUCAGGUUUAAAAAGAGCCGUGAAAAUAAUUGGAAUAUUAUGGAUCGUUUCACUAGUGGGUGCGACACCGUUUGCAGUUUAUACAACCGUUAAUUAUUUGGAUUAUCCUCCAGGCUCGGGUCAAAAAGUUUUAGAAUCGGGAUUUUGUGCCAUGUUAUCAACAAACAUUCCCUCGAAUUGGCCAAUCUAUGAAAUAUCAAGUUUUUUAUUUUUUCUUUUACCAAUGUUGGUAAUAUUAAUUUUGUAUAUAAGAAUGGGUAUCGCCAUUAGAGAAAGCGGAGCCGAUGAUUCAAUGAAAAGACUUCAAGGUUUGGUACAUAAACCGAGGCAUUCAAAUUCUAGAAAAUCUAUAAUUAGAAUGUUGGCUGCUGUCGUUAUUACAUUUUUUCUAUGUUGGGCACCCUUUCACGCUCAACGAUUACUUUAUCUUUACGCCAACGACUUUCCAAAUUUCCCAGAAAUUAACGAAUGGAUGUAUUACAUAGCUGGAAUUUUCUACUACGUUUCAUCAACGGUCAAUCCCAUUUUAUACAACGUCAUGUCUGCCAAAUACAGAUUCGCUUUCAAGAAAACUCUUUUCGGUUUUCUGUCUCAGAAAAAAUUCUCGCUGUCGUCCUCGUCGUCGUCUCAACGCACGAAACAUUUCAAAAACUUAAAUCGUGCGAAAAAUUAUUCUUUUGUUUGUUUUCAACGUAAUAAUAAAAAUUACAAUUGCUCAUCGACGAAUCGUAACGCGAGUGAAAAAAUACGGAAAUCUGUCGACGGUUACGACGGAUCCACCACCACCAACAACAACAACAACAGGAGAACCCCCGACCCGCGUAAUUUUUCCGAUUCGGAAAAUUUAAAAUUAAUCAAGAAUAAAUCGGCAAACGGUAGUGACGUCAAAACCAGUUGCGACAUCGUCGUCACGACCAAAAAAAUAUACAAAACGUAA